GGGAAGAAAAUGCAAUGAUGAAUAAAACGUUCUGUGUUUGAGUAAACAUAUAGUGCAGUGAUUAGGGGGUUUACAAAUGAAAAAUGUGCAAUGUCGUGGAUAAACUGUGAGCAACAUAUAAAUUGUUUAUGAGGGUUUUAUUUAGGGUAUAUAACCGGAAGUAGGUCGUGGUAGCUUGUUGCACAGUUGCCAAGGCGACUGGCUUGCUGGCUGCCUGAUGAUCGGCUGGCGGACCAAAAACUGAGUGAUUGGAAAAACAUCAGCACUCAGUAUGCCGUGAAGAGGGGAAAUCGUACCCUGCGAUAAAAUAUUUAUCAAUCUAUCAUUUAACAUUUAUUAUCGAGUAACCAAUAUCAGCAUAGAUGAUUUAAGCAUUUUGGAAUUCAAGAUAUAAUGGACUAUUCGGUACUGGGCCACUACGAUCUUUCAGUUGAGGUCGUGGAGGGUGACCCGGAGCUCAUCUGGGAAGAAUCAAACUAUGACUUAUCUAGCGAGGGGUUUGUACCUGCUGCAGAGCAAUUUGGGGAAGAAUUUGCAGGGGCUGAGUUCCAAGAAACGAGAACGCUACUUGCAGAUGGCGGCGAUAGGUUUGGUGUGUCCACUGUCACUUUUGAUAAUGUGGAAGAACUCAUGUGGAUGGGUAAUCAAGGGGGUCACGUGACAUCGUAUUAUGGACCUGGCCUUCAGAAAUAUACAUCAUUCCAAGUGCACGCAACUCAAGAAGUGCGCCAAAUCCAUCCAAUCGAUGAGGGAAUCCUUGUGUUAACCCAGAGCAUGCUACGAUGCCAACUACGUCGUGGUAUACCAAUAUUUACACACAUGUCUGCGAAUAUGAUCGAUAUGCAAUGCGUUCUCCAAACUUCACCAACGAGAAUGCUAAUGGGAGGUCAUCAGGAAAAAAUAAUCGAUUUCAAUCUCACCAGGGGGAAAGAGACAGGAUUGGUGCACGUAGGAGACCACGGCUGUGCGAUACUUAGACAACAUAGCAGACUAAUAUGUGCCGGAAAUCCUGCAGGCAGGAUUGAUCUUCGAGAUCCAAGUACUUUGUCUAUAGAACACACUUUGGAUACGCACAGCGGCUCACUUAGCGAUUUUGAUGUUCAGGGAAAUUAUCUUGUCACCUGUGGAUUCAGCAACAGCCGCCAGGGGCUCUCGGUGGAUAGGUUUUUGAUGGCCUAUGAUUUGAGACAAAUGCGAGCUCUCACCCCAUGCACAACCCUUGUCUACCCACUACUACUGAGAUUUCUACCAAGCUAUUCAAGCCGAGUAGCCGUUGUGUCACCCUUAGGACAAAUGCAACUUUUGGAUACGAUUUAUGCAAAUGUGCAACCACCCAUGACUUGCUUGUACCAAGUAGCUACUGCGGGUGCAAUGGCGUUAUCAUUCGACGUUUCUUCCACGUCGCAAUGUCUAUGCUUCGGUGAUUCAUCUGGGUCAAUUCACUUUCUGGCCACAAACAUGCCGGAACCGCAGUUCAAUACGUUUUCCAGACCUACCGAGUUUGCUGACCCAGUCGAAACACUUCAGCCUAUUGCGUUUGAUGAUAAUAUGACACCAGUGAGCACGAUACCUAUGGUAUACAACGGUCAAUCAUUACUGAGCGAUUGGCCUGAAGAAUUUAUGAAGAAAGUUUACAGAAAAACACCUGCGAUUGAUGCAGAAAUAUUACGCACAAUGAAGAUGCAAGGGACCAUAGGAUACGCUCCUAAUCCUCAGGCUUUCCGCAGAAACCAAAUUCCGUACAAUUUGGAAAAACGACGCGGUGUAGCAACAAAACUAUUCGCAGGGGAUUCUCGCGCAAAGACAGACGAUGGUACCUUUAUUGCAAUUCCUAAACGUUAUCGUAAAAUUGAAGUUAAAUAUUCACGUCUUGGAUAUGAUGAGUUUGAUUUCGAUCAAUACAAUCGAACCAGCUUUUGUGGCUUGGAAGCAACUCUGCCAAAUAGCUAUUGCAAUGCUAUGCUUCAGCUCCUGUACUACAGCGAACCAGUAAGAAUAGCACUGUUGUCCCAUACGUGCCAAAGAGAAUUUUGCCUGUCUUGCGAACUGGGUUUUCUCUUCCACAUGUUGGACACUUCUCGAGGCUUUCCGUGUCAAGCUGCAAAUUUUCUUAGAGCUUUUAGAACCGUUCCUGAAGCUUCAGCUCUAGGGCUCAUACUUAGCGAUCUCCAUCCCGAAGCAAAAAGAAAAACUAGUUUGAUUAGGUUGAUUCAGAGCUGGAACAGAUUUAUUCUACACCAAAUGCACUACGAAAUUUUAGAGACGCGUAAACGUGUUCAGGAAGAGGAGGAGGCUGCCCGUCUUAAAGCAGGACCUAAAAACCCUCCAUUUGUUUAUAACGAGCAGGAUUUUCCCAGCAUACUUCAAGACCUUGGUUCUAGAUACAGAAGUCAUGACGAGGAGCGGAAAAAAAGAAGGAAGCAAGAGGAGGAUGGUAAAUAUAUGUGGAUAACAUCGAAAGAUUCGAAUUGUAAAAAGCCCGCAGAAGAAUCUGAAAUUAAGGACGAAGAAACAGAGAUAAGCCGAUUGUUUGGAUCCGAGCAGAUUCAUAUUCAUCGAUGUUUGAAAUGUGGUCGAGAAGCAUCUAAACGCUCCAUCAUGCUUUUAUGCAACUUAGUCUACCCAGAUAUCAUAAAUCCUGCAGAAGAAGUUCCAUUCACAUCAGUACUUGCGGGUAGUCUGAGACCGGAAAAAAUAACACCUGCUUGGUGCGACAAUUGUCAAAAAUUUACACCAACUUUACAAACUAGACAAUUGACAAAACUACCUCAAAUCUUGGCUCUAAACUGCGGUUUGGAUAGUCAACAGGAUAAAGCUUUUUGGCAAAAUCAAAUGGAUGUUGUUGUGCAGAGAGUUAUAAAUGGCAAAGAUGCUAGCCCUGCUCGUAGCCCAGUCCCCAUCACCAUAAAGCCAUGUCGUUAUGGUGCAAAUUGCACCAGAAUUGGUUGCAGAUUUAAACAUGCUGGCAGGGAUUCGGAUACUAUACCGACAUCAGCUACACCUCCAACAGCAACCACUCCAGUGCCAACACCACCGAGUCAUCUUUACUAUUCGCAUUCGUGGGUUCCACAUCACAUAGAAAUCGCAUUGAAUCCAAACGGGGAACUUUCCAUGAACAAAAUUGACAAGAUUAGUCAGACGGACUACGGAUUAGCCAAUAUCAAUACUUCUCCAUCAGCAAUAGUUGAGAAUGGUCAGGGUGAUAACAAAGUACCCAUUUUUGAGAAACUUGAAGAAAGUACACCAAACGAAAAUCACAUUGCUGAACCCGAAGGUAGAAGAUUGUCUGACAAUAGUUUGGAAAUAGCUGGUGUAGGCAGCGUUAAAAAAGUACAGUAUAGCCUCAGUGCAGUAGUUUGCCAUAUCGACGACAAAAAUGAUGAGGACAGAAGAAAUAUUGUUGCUUUAAUACGCGUAUCGCCAAGUUAUCAUGAGAGGUCAACGGGAAGUGCGGUGUCUCAGUGGUACAUAUUCAACGAUUUUUGUAUAUCUGCGGUUACUCCACAAGAAGCUGUGUGGUUUAAUCUUGAUUGGAAAGUACCUUGUGUACUUCAUUAUACCGCAGAACCACCCCUAGAAACAUUGCCGUAUGUGAGUCCACUUACCUCGGAUGUGUUUGGUGAAGACAAAUGCAUUGCUCGUAGUGGCGGAACGAGAGGUAUCACAUUUACACCCUUGACAUCAGACGAGAUGCCAAAAAAAGGUGAAUUGGUCGCAAUCGAUGCAGAAUUUGUAACAUUAAAUCAGGAAGAGUCUGAGCUUCGAAGUGAUGGCAAGAUGUCCACGAUCAAACCGAGUCACAUGUCUGUUGCGAGAAUAACAUGCAUACGAGGUCAGGGGCCACUGGAAGGUACUCCAUUUAUAGACGACUAUAUUAGCACUCAAGAACAAGUUGUGGAUUAUUUAACAAAGUUUAGUGGAAUACAACCUGGAGAUUUAGACGCUAAUUUCAGCAGCAAACACUUGACGACAUUGAAAUCCACAUAUCAGAAACUACGAUUCCUAGUAGACAAUGGCAUAAUAUUUGUGGGCCAUGGGCUCAAAAAUGAUUUCAGAGUCAUAAAUUUGGUCGUACCAGCGGAACAAGUUAUUGAUACUGUGCUACUGUUUCACUUACCUCAUCACCGGAUGGUAUCCUUGCGUUUUCUGACUUGGCAUUUUCUUGGUAAGAAAAUCCAAUCAGAGACACACGAUUCGACCGAAGAUGCUCGUGCGGCACUAGAAUUAUAUAAAAAAUAUAAUGAGCUUGAGGCACAAGGGAAUUUAACAGAAACUCUCAAAGCAUUGUAUAGCGUCGGCACCAAACUACAGUGGAAGGUACCAGAUAGCUGAUACACAGAGGACGCAAUAGAAGGACUUUUUCUUAGCAAACUCAAACCUAUCAGUACUAGCAGAAGCAGCAGUAUAGUACGAGAUGUUAGGAGAAUUGAUUAAAAGAAAUUAAAAUUCCGAAUUAAUUCAAACAAACUUGUACUAGGGGGUACCGUAGGCGUUUCAAAUAUGGAGAGUGGUAUGUUUUUUAGGAAAAUUUUAUCAAUAGCCCUGUGCAAUCUAUUGUUUGUAGGAUGGAAAAAAAAUUCACUGAGCUAAGUGCGUAAUGUAUUUUAUGUAAGAGUCGGAAAACAAGAAGAAAAAACAAACGAAACAAUCCCUUAAUUAUACCUUAAAUAAUUUGGAAUGGUUUUCUUAUAAUACGGGUAUGGUAAUUGUAAGGUUGGUUUAACAAUGUUCCAAUAAGUGAAUAUUCAAGUAUCCAUAUUCUUUAUAACAUGUGUAUAAAGAUUACGAAAUGAGAUUAAGAAGUUACGUAAAAUGCUACAGAAAUUAUAGUCGCCACUUGAACUCAUCACUUACAACACCUGCAUACAUAAUAAUAUAGGAAAUGAAAUAGGUAAUGAACAAAUUCUUGUCAAUCAUGGUUGUAAAACGUUUAUAACUAGUUUACUUACUGAAUAAUGUACGUGUAAUAUAGUAUUGUCCAAUGGCGCACCAUUUUCUAAAAGCAGUUAUGGUGAAUGUCGUAAAUACUGCGUUCUGUUAUGUUAUUUAUUUUUACCUCAAUGUCUUAAUUUAUUUCAUAAAUAAGAUGAUCGCAGUAUAAUUGUAAAUAUGUAUAAGAUCUGGUAACAAUAACUAGAUCAAUUUUUUAACGAUAAAUUAUUUACAUAACAAUAGAUAUUUCUUAUACUACAGAGUUGUUUUGCACAAUUUUUAAUUGCAAAAAAAGAAACCGAAAAAUAAAAGUUAAUGGAUCUUUUUGCUGUUUUGAAAGAAAUAAUUGCUAGAUUUCGUUGCAACUAAAAAAAAAUAAAAGUUUUCUGCAAGAAAAUUGCAAGCAAAUUUAUAACUGAAUAGUGUGUAUAUUCUACAAAAUAAUUGUACUGGUAAAUUAUUUUUAUAUGCAUUUAAUGAAAAUUGAGAAAAAAUAUUUGUGGUUCAAACAUACCGUAAAAAAAAAACAAAACUAUUAUACUGUAUAUUUUUGGAUAUUUGGAUGAAUUUACUUAUAAUUAUUGUUUAACGUCGUGCGUCUCACGAAUUGCGACAAUUUACAUAAUAAAUUGUGUGGUCCAUGUAAAGUUUGUAUGAAAAAAACAUGUGGUAGUACGUAAAUAUUAACAGUAAUCAUACAUUUAUUUUUUAUUGUUAUAUCAUGAUUUUCAAUAAACAAUUAUAUCACACUCCCUUUUAAAAA